AUGAAAUUCGGCGCUCUCCUCAGCGUCGCAAUCGUGAGUCUCGCCACGGCUCAGAAGCUCGAGGUGGACAAAGCUACGUCACUGAACGAGACUCAAGAGCAGCAACAACAGGCGUCAGCUACUGGUGAUGCGUCGGCCAGCCUGCUUGAUUCCACGUCAGGUUCGCAUGAUCUGAGUGCUUCCACGAGCGCUAGUGGCUCCUGGGACGACGUUUUCGUUGGAGAUUCCGACUCCGCUUCAGCUUCGGCCCCUGACGAGAGCGGUAGCUCGUCAGAAGCAUCGGUUGAGUCUUCAUCGGCGUCAGACUCGUCGGAUCCUCAAAACUCUGGUGAUUCUAGUGGCUCUGAGCUCUCGGGCAGCGACGAGAUCGAUCAGAGCAGCCUUUUCGGCUCCAUGUCGGAUUCGGGGGUAGCAAGUGCUGAUACGGGCGCCAGCGAGUCCUAUGAUGGUAGUAGCGCUGAGUCUGAAGCAGCCUCCGGAUCUACGGAUACCGAAGAGAGUAGUAGCUCAUCGGAUACUGCUGCGGCUUCAAUGUCCGACGAUGCCAGUGGAUCGGGCAGCAGCAAGAUGGACCUAAGCAGUUUGCUCGGAUCGGCUUCGGGGUCACAGAAAGAAGACACUUCUAACGCCGCCAGUGGGUCCUCGGUCGAUGUAUUCGAAAGUGAUUCCGAAGCUUCAGCAUCUACGUCUACCGCUUCAUCGUCUACUGCGUCAUCCGAUGAUACUAGUACUUCUGAGGCUUCAGGAAGUAAUGAGGUCGACCAGGACGAUUCUAACUUGGAAUCACAGGAAGCCAGCGCUGCCACAAGCACCAGCGAGUCCUCGGACGACAGUGAAGCUGAGUCCGACGCGGCCUCGCAAGAAUCUGCAGCUAGCGAAGAUAAAGGCAGCGCAUCGACUUCCUCGUCGUCACCUUCAAGUGGUUCUGCAUCAUCGGUUAGCGACCAAAACAGUCUGGUUGACUCCACCUCGGGAUCACAGGAUACCAGUACCCUCACAAGCUCUAGCGGAUCUUCAACCGAUGUUAACGUUGGUGAUUCAACUCCUGUACCUACUGCAGCCCCAACACCCGCGCCGACGCCAGCUCCUACACAAGCGCCUGCACCUACGACACCUCCCAUCUCUGUUGAGGAUUCCGUGCAACUAAGUGAAAGUUUCGGUGGACCUCAUGGAAACGAGUUUUCCGAUAAAGCGAGUGCCACUUCCGGUCAAACUGUUGCCUCUCUCACCAUCCGAGCAGGUGAACGUGUCGAUGGAGUUAUCCUCGACAUCACUGCACCCGUAGCAAUGACAUUCAAUCACGGUGGAGGCGGAGGAAACCCGAAUACUUUAACUCUAGGUCCUGGUGAGUACAUUACGUCCAUGGAGGCUCAUUGGGGAGAGAAGAAAGGCCACACCCGUAUAUUCUACUUACGCUUCGAGACGAGUGCCGGUAACUCGGUUGCGGGAGGGUCCUGGACAGACAAUAGAGCCACGGUUAAAGCUCCAGAGGGUUUUCAGCUCGGAGGGUUUUUUGGCCGUGACGGUGAUGAAAUCGAUCUACUGGGUGCAAUCUGGACGAGUAUCGUGCCCAUUACCCCGGCACCGGGAGCACCCACGCCGGCACCAACGCCGUGGGUGGAAAAGAUCAUCGACCACGACGCAGUGGUACCGUUCAAACAGCCAGAGCCUGUCACGAUCUCUGAAAAAGCUGCUAUUAAGUUUAAACCCCAACUUCACAUUACCAAUGGAUGUCAUGCAUACCCUGCAGUGAACGCAAUUGGAGAGACCAGUGGCGGUCUCAAGACCAGCGGUGCUCCUAGUGCGGGUUGUAAGGGAUCUGGCUGGGGGUCACAGGUGUACGGACGUUCGACGUGGUACAACGGCGUCUGGGCCAUCAUGUACAGUUGGUAUUUCCCUAAGGACUCGCCCUCUACUGGUCUGGGCCAUCGUCAUGACUGGGAACACGUGAUUGUAUGGAUUGAUAACCCUGAGAUCGCUGAGCCGAAGAUUCUCGCUGUCACUCCUUCAGCACACAGUGGAUACUCAGCUCAAGUUCCUCCUGAUGCCAAUAAAGUUGACGGUACGAGUGUCAAGGUCAAAUACUUGAGCAAAUGGCCGAUCAACCACGCACUGGAAAGCACAGGCGAGGGUGGAGAUUAUCAGGACCUUAUCAUGUGGGGACAGAUGACCGAUGCAGCUCGGGAGGCACUGAGCAGGACAAGCUUCGGUGAUGCCAAUGUGCCCAUGAACGACGGCAACUUCGAACCGAAACUUGGCAAAGCGUGGCCAUUUAAAUGAGCAACGCAUGUGCACGUAAGACGUUUAUAAAUGUGUGUAGGAGUGCAUUUAUGCGUUUAUCCUGCGUUAACUGAGGCGCUAUCAUGACCGGUAUCACCCGAGGCAAUAGUUAAUUAAUCUAAAUAAAAAUUGAAAGACUUUGUUAAUGA